GCUUCUAGUAUCCAGUUCUUUCCUUCUGUCCUUUCAUGCAUUUAAUUGAAUAAUUCACUCAUAAUAUACUCCUUGUCCGCUCCUUGAAGUCGGCUUUUUUAAACACAAAAAACAAACUGAAGAAUAAAUAAGUUACUUCUAAAAUAAUUAACGAAAGAGUGAAAAAUGUCGAAAGCUCACCCUCCAGAGUUAAAAAAGUACAUGGACAAAAGACUUACAGUAAAAUUGAACGCUGGCCGUGUAGUGCUUGGAGUGCUGAGAGGUUUUGAUCCUUUCAUGAAUCUAGUUAUGGACGAAGCCGUUGAAGAAUGUAAAGAUGGACAAAACAUCGCUAUUGGCAUGGUGGUCAUCAGAGGAAAUAGCAUCAUUAUGUUAGAAGCACUAGAAAGAAUAUAAGUAUUAUAACUUUCGGUCUAUUAUUUAAGUUUCUAUUUUUAAGUUAAAUAUUGCACUGUGCAUAACUGUUCCAAUAAAGCAUAAGCAAAAUUUAUUAACCGUUUUUGUUGACAGAAAUGUAGACUAAUUUUGUAAAAAAAAUUAAGACUGAAGAACACAAAAUACAAGUAAAUAAUACUGAAACAAUCUAGACAUUUGUACUUUACUAAUAGAAAAUUCUGAUAACAAGGUUUGAUGCAAUCAUACAAAUAAAAGAAAAUUAACCAUCAA